AUGUGUCUCAAGCCUGACCAGCGCAUCACGCAGGACGUGGACAAGAUGUGCAAGACGCUCAGCACUAUGUUCUCGCAGCUGAUCAUGGCGCCCUUCAUCGUCGGAUACUACACGUACAGCGUCUACGUCAACACGGGGUACAUUGGGAUCCUCAGCAUCUACGGUUUCUUCGUCGUAGCGACUGUCGUCAACAAGGUCAUUAUGACUCCAAUCGUCACAUACGUGGUGAAGCAGGAAGAAAAGGAGGGCACCUUCAGGUUCAAGCACAUGCAGGUCCGCGUACACGCCGAGGCUCUGGGCUUUCAAGGCUGCAGCGCUGUGGAGGAGCACCGCUGCAACCGGCGGCUGAGUGCACUCGUCUCCACGCAGAUGUCGCUCUUCAACCGGCGCUUCAUGCUCACCGUGGUGGUCAACCUGUUCGACUACCUGGGCGGCAUUCUCAACUACCUGGUGAUCUCGAUCCCGAUCUUCGCCGGCCUGUACGACGACCGCACGCCGCAGCAGCUGAGCGCGCUCAUCAGCCAGAACUCGUUCGUCUGCAUGUACCUGAUCUUCAACUUCACCCAGCUGGUGGACCUGGCGUCCAGCGCCACGGACGUGGUGGGCUGCACGCACCGGGUGGGCCAGCUAGUGGAGCGGCUAGCGGUGCUGGAGCAACGGUGGAAGAGCUCGCCGCACACCCCCGACGAAGACACGAGCGGGGGCGCGCCGCCCGCCGCAGACGACCCGCAAUACGACACGCCGUACGCGCUCUCGAAGGUGAGCGUGUGCGUGCCGGGCGCGCGGCGCACGUUGGUGACGGCGCUCUCGCUGACGGUGCGCCGCCACCGCUCGCUGCUCGUCACUGGAAGCAGCAGCUGCGUCGUCACUGGGCUGAUCGUGUACCCGGAGCGGCUGAAGGAGGGCGGCUACACGGUGUCGGAGACGGAGCGCAUGCUGCACUACCUGGAGCUGGUGCAGCUGAGCAGCCUGGCGGAUCGCUGCGGCGGUCUGGACUCCGAGGUCAACAAGAACUGGCCGGCUCGGCCGCCGCGGGCCGAGCUGUACAUCUUGACCGUCUCGGCCGCCGCCGGCCGAGCUGUACGACAUGUUGUCGCCGGGCGAGAUGCAGCGCCUGUUCUUCGUCCGGCUCUUCACCACCGGCCGGUGUUCGUGUUCAUGGACGAGGCGACCAGCGCCGUCAGUCCCGACAUGGAGGAGAUCCUGUACCAGGUGGGGCGCGUUCUGUGCAAGGUGGCAAGAGACCUUGUGGGGGUGGUUUGUAUAAGGCCCUGGCUGGGCGCGGCACCCUGGCUGGGUGCGGCCAGGCCUGGCUGGGUGCGGCAGGCCUAG